AUGUCCGAAUCAACGUCUUCUGUUCAAGCGGAGGGAAGUACAAGUGGAGUUCACGGCAGCACGCGAACGACUGGACGAAUGAGAGUGAAAUCUCAACGAGUUCUCGAAGCCGAAGAUACCAGACGAUUCUUAAGUAAUCAAGCCCAGGCUGAUACGUCUGUGCAUGAUGCUAAGCCGACAUCGAGAAAUGGGCCAAGGAAAGGUAAAGGGAAGAAGAAGGUUGAAGAUGAUGUCUACUGUAUCUGUAAGAAAGAUACUGAUGGGCCAAUGAUCGAAUGUGGAGAGUGUAAUGAUUGGUUCCACUUUGGAUGCGUGGGACUGACUGAGGACGAAGCGGAAAAAAUUCAUGUAUAUGUUUGUCCUGAAUGUACCGAAACAACAGGCAAGAAUACUACUCAUGAGUACGAUAUAACAACGUUUGCUUCGCCUUCCCCUCCUCCGGGUGUAGUUCCCGCUAAAAGGAAGUCUUCUAGAGUUCUCAAGACAACACCAUCGCAGACCGAGGAUGAUACUGAAUCAGAAGCUGAGGUUGGUGCUUCCUCAAGUCGACAUUCCUCAAUCCAACCUUCUCCUGCUCCUGCUCCAUUCAAGAAACCUCGUAUAUCCGAUACGAAACGAAAAUCAUCCAUCGACAGGAAAACUUUUGUCGAUCGCAAAACAUCGCUCAGCGGCCUUCCACCGAUGAGGAAAUAUGUACGAGACAAGCUGGGCCCAUUGUUCAAAGCUAAAGGUCUACGUCCCGAUCUGAUAUUGUCCAUCACCGAUCGCACACUCUCUCCUAAUCAGAUUGCUACCCUUACUUCAGCAGAUUUGGCAUCUGAAGAACAAUUAGCCGCUAUUCAAAGGGCUAGGCAAGCUGUACUUGAACAAACGGUCAAAUCAAGAGAAGACGUUACUGCUAUACGUCUAGGCAGAGAUGGGUUCGAGAAAGUCGAGAAUGUUCGCGAGAAAGAAAUGUCUUUACUUGCUGAACAAGAAGAAACAGCUAGAUACAAAGCAGAAGAAGAAGCUAAAAAGAAGGAACUACCACCUGAUCCGGAUACAGAAGUCCAGAAAUCACCUGUGGUAGCUGAUAUGCCAAGAUUCACUCCUAAACGAUCUGAAUCGUUAGAUGUCAACUCGCCUUUGAGACAAGCUUCUUUCGCUAUGAAUUCAGCUUGGGGCGGAGAUGAUUCGAAAGAAUCGGAUGAACCAAUGUUCGGAGCGAAUCAAUCGGAAUUAGACUUGAGUGAUAUAAUAGGUAUAGAGGGUGAUAUGGAGAUUGAUGAUUUGGGAGAAAAAGUAUUGGAAGAUGUACAAAGUGAAAUGGCUACAUUUGAAAAAAACGAAGUAUUGUGGUCUGGAGGUAUAUCGAAUCCAGCGAACCCGUCCCCAAAUGUUCCGCCGAUGUCUCUACGUUUGAUAUGUCGUGCCCCUACAGUCGAUUGGAUGUUAUUCUUACCUCACAAAACAAUCGAGAUUACCGGUCGAGUACCAACCAAAAACUCAUUCCAAUUCCUGAGCGAUAGUCGACUCAAUCCAACAAAGGAGCUUAUCACAGUGGCAUUCACUUUAGACCCAAAAGCUACCGAUGCCGAAAUCGUCACCUGGGAAGAAAUGGUAAACUACCAUAUCGGGAGAGAUCGCCAUGCUGUGUAUUUACCUUAUGGAUCUGAACCUCCCCCUGGAGCAGCAAAAGAACUGUACUUAUUACCGUUGCGGCCUAACGACCCCUCGCCUGACUUCACAGAUCUCAUUGACGGAUAUUUCUUACCUACGGAAGGAAGGAGUACAUCUAUCUUCUUAGGUGUGUUUGUCUCAAAUAAGAAUGUCACGCCCAUUCCUGCCCCUGUACCGAUAUUACCACCACCUCCGCCAAUUGUGUCUACGACAGCUCCACCUUCACCGCCAGCGGUACCGGUAAUUCAAAAUGAUCAGCUUCAAGCUCUCAUGGCUAGUCUGAACCCAACAGCGAUACAAGGUCUAGUGGGUGGUUCAACGUCUUCAAUAGGCGGGUUGACACCUCCAAUAGGUAAUCUAUCGCCAAUGCGCCCUCCCCAUUAUCCACCUUAUCCUCAACAAACUUAUGUUCCUUAUCCCACAGGAGGAUAUACGCCAAAUCACGGUCAUGAUAGUUAUAGGGAUGAAGGUAGAGAUUUUUCUAGACGAAGAGAUGACAGAUAUAAGGAUAGGGAUAGAAGAGAUAGUGGCUGGGCCGGGAGAGGCAGGGAUAGAAGACAUUAA